AUUUUUUGCAAACGUUAACAAACCCUGAAGUAAAAUCAACAUUUGCUGUCUUCACACUUGGAAUCUUUGCUGCUUCAUGAAAUGCCGACUUAAGAUCUUAACAUUGACCAUAUAAUUCUAUACUUUGGCCAUGAACCAAAAAAGUUACAGAUGCUGAAUUUAUACAUUGGUUUUGGUUCUUUUCCACAUUCCAAGAAAAAGUUUAACUCAAAUCUGAAGUUAAAAUAUAAAAAAAAAUGUAGCUGAAGAAGCAUGAUAAAUCUGAUGCACAACUGUUCUCAUAUAAUUUAUUAGUUAAAGUACUGUUUUCUUGAUAGUAUGGUUGUUUAAACUAGUGUGUGACACAUAACUACUAGUAGGCCCACGUAGUACUAGUAGUGUGAGGAAUAGCCAGUCUAUGCAUUUUAAACUAUAAAAUAAAUGCUCAAAUUGGUUCCAUGGGGCAAAUAAUAAACGACGCCACGCCCACAAAUACAAUCAUGAAAAAGCCUUGGUUCCAAACGAAAAUGAAUUUUAGUUAAAUUUUAAUUUUAGUAAUAAAAAUGUAUACGUGCAAUAUUUUGACACCAUUGUUGAAUGUAAUUUGGAGGUCUGGUUGUUUCAACGCGUAAUUUCGGACAGUCCGGAGUUACCGGAUGUGACGCAGUACCAACCAGCGGUUCCCAUGGAAACAUCCCCAAACAUUUGCAGAAACGUCGUCGAAACGCUUCAAACGAGUUGAAAGCUUUACUCCGACACGACUUCUCGAAGCAAAGGCGGCACCUGCCAAGUCCCUGGAACUGAACACUGCAUAAAAGACGUCAAAAAUGAAUCGUCACCUGUGCCGCAAUCAGCAGUAUCGGAUGGUGGCGCAACGGCGCGCCCUCGAAGAGCAGAAGCAUGUGGAUGCCCUGCGAAUAGACCGUGACCGGAAAAUGGUGGCAGCUAUACAGGAGGAGGACAAUGUGGACAAGAAAAGGUUCUUAAGGCAGGUGCAGGAGGAACAGAAAGAAAGAGAGAUGGAGAACAUCAUGUUGAAGGCCCACACUGAGAAAAUGCUGAGGGAGAAAAAAUAUCUCCAAGACGAGAAGCUGGCUAAGGAGCUGUCCCGCAUCAACAAUGAGAAGCUGAGAGAUGGCAAGAUCAGGCAGCAUAUUAGAGAGAACAGCAUUGAGCUCAGAGAAUUAGAGUCCAAGUUGAAGUUGGCCUACGUGAGCAAGGAGCAGGUGGCGCAGAUGGCAGAGCAUGAAGCUAUGAAGUUAGAGACAAUGCGUGAAGAGGCGGCGAUAGACGACAAGAUCAAGAUCCUGUAUGACAAGGCGACCGUUCAAGAGGAGGAGCAGGAGCAGAAGAAGCAAGAAGAACAGCUCCGCUACCAGCACGAGCUCAACCUGCAGCUUGUCGAGCGAGAGCAAAAGAGACAAGCGGCCUAUGACGACUUCCUCAAGGAGAAGUUCAUGGUGGAUGAGAUUGUGCGCAAGAUUUAUGAAGAGGAUCAGAUGGAGCUCCAGAAGAAGCUGGAGAGGGUGCACGCCACCCGGAAGCACAUCAAGGACUUCCAGAUACAGCGGAUCGAGUGGCAGCGUUUGGAGAAAGAAAGGAUGGAGGAAGAGAACAGACGCAUCAGGGAGUUUGCAAAAAGGCAGCAGAAGUCCCAGCAGGCCUGGAUGGACAAAGUCAAAGCACGAGAAGAUGCAAUACAGGCCCUCAGAGACACGCUCGCAGAGAAGAUGGCCAAUGAGAAUGCACGGCGUGACGAGAUGGACAGAAUUCGCCAGGAGCUUUGUCUCGAGGAACAAGAAGAAGCCUAUAGGAAGAAAGAGAUUGAAGACAUGGAGAAGAACAUCCGGCUGAGGCUGACGUUGCAGAGGACCUGCGAGGAGCAGAUGGCCAUGAAGGAGAUGCGUCGGCAGGCGGAGAAAGAAGAAGAGGAUAUUUUCCGGAAAACCAUCAUGGACAAGUUUGCGGAAGACGACCGCGUCGAGCAAAUGAACGCCCAAAAGCGGCGCAUGAAGAUGAUGGAGCACAAACGCGAAGCGGACAAGCUGCUGGAAGACAGACGACGGCAGCAGGAGAUCGACAAGGAUAUGCAGGCUCGAGAGGAGGCAAUUGAGCAAGAGAAGGCGGCCAUCUGCAGGCAGAUUAUCGAAGAGGAGAGGGUCAAGCUUCUCCAACGACACGCAACAAAACUUCUCGGACACCUACCUAGGGGUUUACUUCGUGAGGAUGACCUGAAGCACUUUGAUGAAGAAUUUAAGAAACAAUUGCAGACACGUCAAGCAGAGGACUCUGAAGACCAUGGUGGAGAUGAUUGAGUCAUUUUCAAGUCUUUUUCUUUUUUUUUUUUUUUUUUUAAUCCAUUUUAACUUUAACCGCAAACAAUCCUAUGGACUGAAUGUGAUCCCACUUUCACGCCGCAUCACAUGCAUGAUAUCUAACAUGAGAAGUGCUAAUGACAAGGUCAACAACGUAUUUACAAACAGUUAUACUGUGCAUAUUGGUGAAUGAAUAGUAUUCAGCGUCAAAAACAAGUGAAAUUGUUUAAUGGCAGUUUUUUUUAGAUACAACUCUUAGACUGGAUCUCAGUAGAUGGUAUACGUGUAUAUUUCAAAGAUGAAUAUUUUUCUUGCUGCAAAGUAACAGUAAAACCCAAACAAAAUCGGUCUCUUAUUUCAACUGAUGCCAAUUUUGAUCUUAGGCCUUAUCCACAAAGCUGAUGACCCCAGUUGCUUUUUUAACCACCCACUCUGAAAUGUCAUCAUCCAUCCGACGCAGUGUUCUGACUCUGAUGUAUAUGCAAGACUUGUCACAGCCGGUCUUGAAGGCUUGUGUGUGGUCAGGGAUAUCCACCUCUUGUCUCCUCUCACGGUCAAUCACAAAUCAAGUCUGAGCCUCGAAAUUAUUUCAACCUUUUGCACCCAUAAUUUCAUUUUCCUUUCCAAUUCAUCCUGUGGACAAUGUUUGACACUCCUGUUCAAAAUAUACACAUCCAAUUGAGUUCUGUGAGAGAUGGAAAAACACACAAGACCCGAGUGAAGGGGUUGACAUCAGUGGUUUUAAUGUUAAGUCGUAUUUUUUAUUCUAUCAUUCAAUAUGUCCCAAAACGACAUUGUGUUGAGAAAGGAUGUUAUAAAUACAU